UCCAGGAAGUAGAAAAACAUCAACAAUCCUCCAGGUUUCAGGGCGAAGUGUCAGUGUAGCCUAGCAUCAAGGUAGCGCAGCUUCAUUUUCCCGGGUGCAUCGCAUAUUUGUUUUUAUUUUUUUAGAAUUAGUGUAAUUGUAGCACCCCAGUUAUGUCGUUGUUUGCUAAGAUAUUUGGAGGAGGAGGAGGGAAAGGAGGAAAGGGACCGAGCCCACAGGAGGCGAUCCAGAAACUCCGAGAGACGGAGGAGAUGCUAACGAAGAAACAGGAAUUUCUAGAGAAAAAGAUCGAACAGGAAUUGCAAAUCGCCAAGAAAAACGGCACGAAAAACAAAAGAGCGGCUCUGCAAGCUUUGAAAAGAAAGAAGCGGUAUGAGAAGCAGCUCGCCCAGAUUGACGGCACGCUGUCGACCAUCGAGUUCCAGAGAGAGGCUCUGGAGAACGCCAACACCAACACUGAAGUGCUCAAGAACAUGGGCUUCGCUGCCAAAGCCAUGAAGUCUGCCCACGAAAACAUGGACAUUGACAAGGUGGACGACCUGAUGCAGGACAUUACAGAGCAGCAAGAGCUGGCCCAGGAAAUCUCUGACGCCAUUUCUAAACCUGUCGGCUUUGGAGAGGAGUUUGAUGAGGAUGAGCUGCUGGCGGAGCUGGGUGAGCUGGAGCAGGAGGCGCUGGACAAAAGCCUGCUGGAGAUCGGUGGACCAGAGAACGUCCCCCUCCCCAACGUGCCUUCUACUUCAUUACCUUCCAGACCUGCCAACAAAGAGGAGGACGAGGACGACAUGGAGGACCUGCAGCGCUGGGCGAUGGAAGCCAUGUAAACGCAGCCACAUCAUACCUGCAUCAGAGAAGGAAGAGGAAGGAGCAAGAGGGAAUGAAUGGACUGAUAGGGUGUUGUGUAUGAGUAUAUUUUUGUGUGUCUGAGGAGAGUUGACUUUAUGUAACACGACGAAAAAGCAAAAAUGCUGUAGACUUUGUUUUCCCGUUCCCCUUCACAAAUACCGACCCCUGGGUGCUCCACAGUCGGGGGGGCUUUUAUAUUGAAGCUCUAUCACUGUACUUUGGCAAAGUCACCUAAUAUUUUUACCCUCAACUUCAAUACAAUGCUAGUACUUUAUGGUCAGGGCUAUUUCAGCGCCCGCAGAGUUCAUAGUGAGGUGUAACACUAUGAGCUCUGGGGUGCGAGAAAGGAGUCAGAUAAGUGUUAAAAGUGUGGCGAUGCUGACGUCACUGGAGAAUUUCCAUGCAGGCGUAGUCCUCAAAGAUCUGCUUCCGACUCACAUAUUUACCUGUGUUUGUGGCGUUUAAACUGGCUGGAUGUUUGUUUGUUUUUCCUUCUUGACAAAAAUAACAGUCCUUUGCUCUCUGUUUUUUGUUAAUGCUGUUGAAAAUAGGAGCGCAGCUGAGCAUGAGCUGGAUGACGAAGCUAUGAAUCCGAACCUCCUUUUAUGUUUCAGGCCACGUGCUUUGUCCCUUUUCCUCCUAUUCUUCGCCGCCUGUCGCCAUUUUAGCGACUACUCCCUCCCUCAAAGGCGUUCUCACCAGUGGUUCUUGUUAUUUGGUGUAAAUAUCCCAAAUGUGUCUCUUUUUAUAUACUGUAUUUCCGCCAUCACUGAGAGGUUCUGUCAAGGUUGUGUGAAGCAUGCAACAAUGGGAAAUCACAAUACAGAUCACAACGCACGGCUAGAAAGAAAGAUGUUAAACCUAACAGUUUCACCCUGCUCUGUCUGUCUCCGUCCUUCUCAUUUUUCUUUCAAAUUGUAUAAUGUUGAAAAAAUAAUAAUAGUAAUAAACUAUUGUCACACCUUAUUAACUGCAUCUUGAAGAGGAUGGUGGUUUGUAAAAGAUUAGAUUAUAGUCAGUCUACAACAUUUUGGAGUUUUAAAGAAUUAAUUAUUUUAGUUUUUCAAAGUCAUGAUGUACAAUUUUUACAUAGGAAAAAAAUAACACAAGGACGGAUGGACAAGCAUGUUUGCAUUUCUAUGUUUUAUUUAUCCAGAUGAGAAUAUUAUUUGCAAAAUCAUUAAAGGUUUUCAAUUCUUU